AUGUCUCAUUCACACAAACUGUGUGCCUUCAUUGGAGCUUCUUUUCUGCUCCUGAGCUGGUGUGACUUUGUGGUCCUUGGAGAGCUCCACCAGGACUUCUCCAAAUGCCUGGAUUUCUUUCAUAGGCAAACGCCACCGAAGGGUGUCAUUGGAGCAGGAUACCAGCCCAUAUGCCAGCGCUUUGAAAACCAGUACCGCUUUGCUACCAUGUACCACCGUGAGCAUCGCACACCUUUGUAUUCAGCAUACAUAAUUAGCUCUGCGGAUGGGAAACGUCCCAAUUGCACCUGGAUGUAUGAGCCACAGUUGGCAUUCUCCCUCGCCAGCCCUGAAAUGAAACCAUUCAGCACACCAGUGGAUCAGAACGUGCAAGAGAGUCAAGCAGUACUUCAGGAUUACAAGAACUCCAACUACACCAGGGGCCACCUGAAUCCCAGCAUGCACCAAAAGACAAGAAAGGACCGCAUAGCCACAUUCACCCUUACCAAUGUUGUCCCUCAGCGGGCGGGCUCUAACUCAGGUCCGUGGAAUUCCCUGGAGAAAGAAGUCCUGAGGAAGUUCAAAGCCUUCUGCGAGGGACCAAUGUACGUGAUCACAGGAGCCAUGCCUUACGCAAAUGAAACUCACUGGAUUAAUAACAGAAUGUCUGUCCCCGAGUACAUGUGGUCCGCUUAUUGCUGCCCAGUCUAUAAGGCCAAGAUCCCUAAGGAUGUGCGACCCCUGUUUCCAACAUACGCCGCUGUGGGCAGAAACGACCGCGAUAGUGGUGAGGAGAUCGUGCCAGUGAACCCCAAAGUGAGGACCCCGUUGCGGGGCUACGACGUGAGGAAGAUGCCAUUGGACACCCUGGAGGGCAUCCUCGCACAAAGGCUGCACAUGCCCAUUAGUUUGUUUGAAGGGAAGUGUCAGUAA